CUCGUCGUUGUGGACAACGAUUGAACGUCGCGCUGCACGCAAGCUCGGAGCAACGCCGCGCGAGAAUGCCGGUGAAGGUCGACGUGGUGCCGCCGCCGCCUGCGAACUCGAAGCAGCCGGGUGUCACCAAGUCCCUGCUGUACAACGGCUCGCGCUUCCAGGGCUCGCAGAAGUCCAAGGGCAACAGCUACGACGUGGAGGUGGUUUUGCAGCAUGUGGACGAGGAAAACAGUUAUCUGUGUGGAUACUUGAAGAUCAAAGGUCUCACGGAGGAGUUCCCGACACUGACGACAUUCUUCGACGGUGAAAUCAUUUCCAAAAAAUAUCCCUUUUUGACUCGCAAGUGGGACGCCGACGAGGAUGUUGACAAGAAACACUGGAGUAAAUUCGAGUCGUUCUGCCAAUACGCCAAAACGUUCAAUUCUGACACGUUCGAUUACGAGGCGCUGAAGGGGACAGACUUUGUGUUUAUGAGGUGGAAGGAGCACUUCCUGGUACCUGAUCACACGAUCAAAGAUAUCAAUGGUGCCUCUUUCGCAGGAUUUUACUACAUUUGCUUCCAGAAAUCCGCCGCCACGAUAGAAGGCUUUUAUUAUCAUCGUAGUUCCGAAUGGUAUCAAUCCUUGAAUCUAAGACAUGUUCCAGAGCACAGUAUACAGAUUUACGAGUUCAGGUGAAGUCGAUACCUUCGCUGAGAAAUCUUACGAUAUUCGCGUUUUUUUUCUUUUCUAGCGUACAGAUCUCAUAAAUAUUUGUCUUGUAAAUUUUAUUAGAAAUACCGUAAUGAGUCUGUUUAUUAUUUAUGACACGCCCCGCAGUUCUGGGGAAGAUUUUUAAACUGAAAAGUAUUCAGGAUAUCCUUCUCUUAGUCAACUUACAUUAAGAAUCGUUAAGAUCAUGAAAAUUGGAGUGCCUAUUUAGUAAGUGAUCGACUUUGGAGUAAUUACUUCAACGUGAUUGAUUGUAAAACGAUUUUUGGUCGAAAUAAAUUACCUGAUGCAUAUCAUUUUAAAUUAUUGGUGUUUGUUAUUCGGUAGUCUGACAGAGGCUUCAGAAUAUUUGUGUUUAUUGUCAGUCUGUGCAUGAUCUAUUCAGUAUUUUGGCAUUUGGUUUUGAUCACUGACUGAAGCAUAGUAAAUGUGUUUGUUGCAUGAUGAAGUAAAAAAUCGACUAAAUUACGUUUUUAAGAAUUUAAUAACGGCAAUGAAAAUAAUUUUAUCAUUACUGAGUAAAACUUUUUUUCAUUUCACGUUGCUUAGGAUAUUUAUGAGAUCUGUUUGCUACAUUAGAAAGAAAAUCAAAUAUAACUGUUGUUUGAAUGAAGCUGUACGUAU